AUGCACUUCUCCACACUUCUUCCGCCUCAGCGCGAGCGCGUCGCACGCAGGUCUUGUGGCCAACAAGUUAAGAUUUUUAUAAUUUUCCUCAUUGGCGGAUUAGCGACAAUGUGCCAUAUUGGGAAUGUGACGGCUAGUACAAUAACAACGCACACGGAAGCUCCAUUCACAGCUAGCAAUGAAACUUUAGCCGAUUAUAGCAACAACAACAGUUUGUGUGACAAAAAUGGUUUUAGUGUAGAAUUACCAAAACCUUUGUUGUUGCUGGACAGCAGGAAGCAAAUCGCAAAUACAUCAGAUGUUGAAGCAUCAUCAGCUGCAGCGGGAAAACGUCAGCAACGCGCCUACUCCAAUCGACCGACGCUGAUGGAUGUCGCAUUGCAGGCGUCGGCGCGCGAGGGGCUUAAUGCAAUGACCGAAUUAUAUGGAAAAAUUGUGCCGGAUAUACUACGAAAUGGACAUGUGCUUCAGGACAACCAUCCAGCUGCAUUGCUUUCCAAAUUUAGCGAGUCUGUAAGUGAGACUCUGGAGCAGGAAAUGGCCGCUUUUGCAACCAUAUCGGCGACGAAAGCUUUUCGAAAUAAGUGA